AUGAUGCGAGCUAUGGUGUUUGAAGCUCCUGGAAGCGCUCUCAAGCUCACGAAGCUCCCGAUUCCAGAGCCUCGCGACGGCCAGGUCCGCGUCAAGGCCUCGGCGUGCGCUGUGUGCCGCACGGAUCUUCAUUGGUAUGCGCCAGGCUUUGAUUUCCUUCCAAGAAUCGCCGCGCAGGUCGACGGCGAGCUCAAGGAGCCCAAUCUUCCGAUAAUCCCUGGUCAUGAAAUCGUGGGACUGGUGGAUAAGAUCGGGCGAGGCGUGGAUCGCUUGCAGUUUUCAAUUGGAGCUAGAGUGGGAAUUCCUUGGCUGGGAAGAACUUGCGGGAGCUGCAGCUACUGUGUGGAUGGAGCUGAGAAUUUGUGUGACGAGCCAGGCUUCACAGGCUAUACGAUCGAUGGUGGCUAUACCGAGUACGCUGUUGCGAACAGUGCCUACUGCUUCUCCCUUCCGGAGAAUUACCCGGACGUGAAAGCCUCUCCACUCCUUUGCGCCGGUCUCAUCGGCUAUCGAUCGCUCAGGAUGGCUGGGAUCACGCCUGGAAUGCCCAAACCCCGCAAGUUUGGAAUCUAUGGAUUUGGAGCUGCUGCUCACAUUGCUGCUCAGGUACACCGAGCUCUUCCACCGCUCUCGAAUCGUACAAAAGCUUUGGAUCUUCCAGGUGUUGAGACACGAAGGCCAUGAAGUGUAUGGUUUCACUCGACCGGGCGACGUAGAG